AUGCCGCCAAGCUUCCGAAGCGUGUUGACGAUCGCGGCCCUGGCUAGCUGCCAAUUUGCCAGUGCGCAGAAGAAAAGGCAGAAUCCCGAUGACACUGCUGAUCGGUAUCACCCUGCUCUCACCGUCUAUAAGUGUACUACGGCAGGUGGCUGUGUCGCAAAUGAGAGGGCUUUAGUUAUCGACUGGAACUACCAUUGGUUUCAUACCGCGGACUGGCUAUCCUGCACAACUGACACUGGCAGUGUGAAUGCCACCCUGUGUCCUGAUCAAGCUACAUGUGCAGAGAACUGCUUCGUCCAGGGGGAUUCAAACUAUACCAACAAUGGCGUCUCGACAUCAGGGGAUACCCUAACGAUGUAUCAAUACACCAUCAACGAAGACGGCGAGCCACAGAAUGCGUCUCCGCGCCUUUACCUCUUGGGUGAUGAUGGCAAUUACGAAAUGCUGCAAUUACUUGGAAAGGAGCUCACUUUCACUGUCGAUCUGUCUACGCUGCCCUGCGGUGAGAACGCGGCAUUGUAUCUGGGCGAAAUGGACAAGACUGGCGGGCGAAACGAGCACAAUACUGGAGGCGCCAAGUUGGGAUCUGGUUACUGCGAUGCUCAGUGCCCUGUUCAGAAUUGGAAAAAUGGCACCCUGAAUCUCGACGGCUCUGGAUACUGCUGUAACGAGAUGGAUAUCUUGGAGGCCAAUUCCAGGGCGCAUUCAUUUACACCUCACCCUUGUAGUGACACCGACUGUGAUAAGAGCGGUUGUGGACUGAACCCCUAUGCGCAAGGGCACACCAACUACUAUGGGUUAGGUGGUACAGUCGACACCUCGAAACCAUUUACAGUCAUUACCCAGUUUAUUACUGAUGACGGGACAACAACUGGUACCCUGACGACUGUCAACAGAAGAUAUAUGCAAGGCGGCAAGCUCGUCGAUUCCGCUAACCCCAAAGGUGAUUCCAUCACGACAGAAUCGUGCAACGCUGCUGGUACCGGUUCCGAGAAGUUUGGCGGGUUGACCACUAUGGGUGAAGCCUUGGGCCGCGGCAUGGUGCUGACGUUUGCGAUCUGGAACGAUGCUAGCGGAUAUAUGAACUGGCUCGAUGCUGGCACCAACGGCCCUUGCAGCGAAACCGAAGGCAAUCCAGCCCUGAUAAUACAGGAAAACCCGCGAACACACGUCGUCUUUAGCAACAUUCGAUGGGGCGACAUCGGCUCUACGUUCAAAUCCGGUGCUGGAAACGGUUCGACAACUACCAAGCCUGCUCCUACCACUACUACAUCAGCUCCUACCGCAACGCAAACCCACUAUGGCCAAUGUGGUGGUAUUGGAUACAGUGGUCCGAAGGCGUGCGCCAGCGGAUUCAAAUGCACUAAGCUCAACGACUAG